CAAAAACUUGAACAAUUAUUUCCAUCGUAACGGGGAGACAGGAUCAAGUUUAAAUAUUUAAUGAAUGGUCUUGUUACAUAACAGGAAAUUUGGAAUUGUAUUAUUUGUGAACCGAGUCUAGUGUUAAUUUAUAAAAAUGAGGUGUAUUUUAAUAUUUGAUAAUUUAAACGAUAUACUCUUUUCGAAGUAUGAUAAGAAAUUUUCAAGGCAUUUUCACAAGCUAGCAAAACUUCAAGGAUUGAUACCGGAGAAUGAUAAGAAUGAAGAUCAAACAACAAUCAGUAACAACAUUUUGAUACAGCUGUUCUCACCGGUAGUCACAUCACAACAGAUAAUGACUUCGCAAUUCGGCAAUUCCUACACUUCUAUUCAGUGUUUUGAUGGCACAAACUUGGUUUUUGAUGAGUACAUGGGACACCUGUUUGUACACGUUGGAUAUGAAGACAUUGCCUGUCUAAAGCGAAUGCUUUGUGUUUGUAUCUGCAUUGUGCAGCAUCUGUGUGGUCCUGAUGUUUCUGAUCUGAAGCACAACUUGCGCCAGAGCAGUCUGUUGUCGCACCUGCUGGACACUUGGAACCAGCUGGCCGACAGUGAUCAGGCGUGCCUUGUGGAGGCAGUGGAACAGUUAACUGUCAACCCCGAGGUCAAUGCUACUGUGAUCAAGUCUCUGCGGGAGGCAGCCAACAAACUCAAGUCGAUGGUGGACUAUUCACGUAGCCACGCGCUUAUUUUUGUUGAAAACAAAUUUCUCUCACUUUACUCCAGUCGGGAUGCAGAAGAUUUGGCAGCUGCGGAUAUUUUGUUUCUGAACAUCUUGACAGAGAGUUUCCGUCGACCCCCACCUCCCCCACCACCUCCAGUACCGGAGCCUGAUAGUGACGAGGGGGACUCCAGUGAUGAGUAUUACAGCCCUCCAUCCAGCCCGAGCCGCAGUGCCCCCACCAGCGAGCGAGAUGAGGACUGCAUCGAGAGAGAGCUUGUUAUUCUCUCAGGCAAUGGCAACUAUAGCCCUCAUGCCGUCCAUAUAUCCACCCUUUCCGAUGGAGUUUCUCUACUUCUUCUCUACCAGACUAGCAGCGAGGCACUCUGCGGGGGACUAAACGAUGCCUUCGCAGGUCUGGUUAUGGUGCAAAACAUUCAGAUUACCGAAAAUGGUGAAGAGGGAAUCCGUAAAGUGAUGGAAAUUCUUGACGGAAGCAUGAAAAGAAUAUUCGACUCUUUGAAAAAAAAUAAAAAUCAAAACACACCACAAAUUGAAACCGUCACAAAACAGCUUCACUCCAAAUGGGACCAGUUGAGAAAGAAAUUCCAGGAAGUAAUAAAAGAAAAGGAGGGUGCUCUGGGGAUCGAUGCGCUGUCCGCCAACCUGCAUGUCCUGUUACGCACGCUGCUGCGGCUGACGUGUCUAGACCGCACAGGACUAGAGCGGGGCUCAGAGGCGGCGGAGCUGGUCACGCAGCAGGUCCGCGCAUCGCUUACCGACUUCACCGCCUUCCUCAAGGUCAAGGCUAUCCGCAACUUCAGCCUCGGAUCGAGAACAUCAUUAACCAUCAACAAGUACCUGGAGGAGUUUCCAGGGUUAGUACACUUCCUGUACAUCGAUCGCACGAAUCACCGAGUCACUGCACCCAGUCUGGACUUCUCCUCAGAGGAGACUGUGACUCUCACUAAAAAGAAAAUUUGGAGUAUGGUGGAGUUCAGUCGCACUCAUCUUCAGGAUGGACAUUUGGCUGUCAUGUGGAAAGAUACUACUUUCAACUACGCCUACUAUCUUUGGUUUGAGGAUAACACGGGCUCUCCAAUAAAACCCAAGGUCUGCCCUUCCACCGCUGUCAAGACACUACCAAUGCCUGGGAUUAUUUGUGGGGAUUUCUACAGGAAGUUGGUUGAAGCUUGUUUCCCGAAGUUAGCGGCCUCCAAGGUCCGAUGUUAUGAGCUCUACUGCAUCCACUUGGGGUUGGCAACAUCGUCCUGCGUGCUGGAACAUUCCCGCCGUCUGGCCGCUACCAUCUUCGAGGUCACCGGCCAGCCGAACCCUCUAGACAUCCUCUGAACAUUCCACUCCACUCUCGUGUCCGCCAGUUUUGUUACAAAUCGUUACUAGAGGCCAAGCCAAUUCGUGCACGUAAGGUGUUUUACAUUAUGAAGAAACUUUGAUUGGGAGUGUUUUGUACCAUACGAUUCCAUUUUAUAUUUAUUUUUUAUAGGAAAGAAUAUUGUAGUAUUUAAGUACUAGAUACAACAGUCUAAUUUAAAUUGACUAGCUUAUGUAUUUAAAUCUUAACUGAGAAAAAAUCGUUUAUGAAAACCGUCUAGAAGAAAUGCUUACGUACAGACCUCUUGUUAAAACGUUAUAAAUAGAAAAUAAAUAAAGUAGCUGUUAAAAAGUCACAAAAUUUGUAUAGUUUUUCUUAAAGCCAAAGAAAAGUACUUAACACAAAAAUAAAGCUACCUGAACAAGUUGGCGUGUAAAAUACUCAUAUUAUUGUAAUGUAUUUAUUACUUAUUAAUAUAGUUGUAAAUUGACUGAGAUUUAAACAAUACUUUUAAUUGAUUAAGAAUCAUUAGAAAAUAAAACUAUUAAAUUUCACUUAGCAAAGAUAUUUUUGGGCGUUAAUAAUUUUUUAAUUUAUAUUACACAUUUUUAAGUAUCAAUCUGGGCAUUAAAACAUUACAUUAUAGGUUUCGUUUAACAGAUAAUUUUUUAUAGAAUUUACAGCAUCUGGCCAUACUGUUAAGAAACAGCACAUAUUGGUUAUUAGUUUUAAAAUAUUGUUCAUCUUUGUAAUUUUCCCACAUUAACCCUCCGACUUGUAGUAUUUUCCUUAAAUCGUUUUUUUUCCCAGUUUUCUAAGCAAUUUUUAAAAAAUCUGUAAAAAAUUGUUUUUGGUAUCAUUUUGUUCACAGUGGACAGUAAAAUACAAUGCUAAUAAUUAAAUAGGGUAAAUAUUUUAAUUUGAUCUUUUUACAGCAAGUUGGGAAAUGUUUUUUGUUGUUUGCAUGUAAAAAAGGGGGGGGGUUGUGCCUUAAAAUAUAGUUCAGUAUAUAAAUUUCAAAUUCCAAAAUAGCCUAAAGAUCAAACAUUUAGUUUAGUUUUAGAAAAUGUUUAGUUUUAUAAGAGUCUUUAGGUAAAUAAAUUAGUUUUAGCGCAAAAACUGAAAGUAGUAUAAGAAGUAGUUAUGAUCAAAAACAAAUAAAUUUUUAAAAGUAGUUAU